GGUGAGGGGCGCGAGAUCGCUGCAGCGGCUGAGAGUGCGCGGGGCUCCGCCGUGUACUGUGGGAUGAGGGCCUCUGCUCACCACAAGUGCUGGAGAACAAAGAUGCAAUGGACUCGGCACUGGCCCAGGCGAGGCCCGUGGGUCUGGCGGGGCACAGGAGGGAGGAUCUGCACGCGGUGGAGCUCGCCAGGGGCCCGCUCGGCUACGGCUUCACGGUGGUGGCGCGUGCCCCGUGCCUGGUGAACUGCGUGCUACCAGGAAGCCCCGCCGACGUGGCCGGCCUGCGUGCCGGAGACCAAAUCGUGGCCAUAAACGACAAAGAUGUGUCCUGCGCCAGCCAUCACGGUGUGGUCGCCCUUAUUGGGCAAUCCCUCCACACUCUGAAGUUAGUGAUGGCACAACAUUACAACAAACCACAUGUUCUUUCAAACAAUGAGACAUCCCCUUGCAAAUACAGAGAAUCAUUUGAAAUGGAUGGUGUAAUUAAAGGUGCUCCCAUAUUGCACAAGAUGGAAAACAACCAUGGCUUGAUGACAGACGAGCGCCUGCCUCCUGCCCACAGGGCCCAGUCGCUGGUUUAUCCCAUUGUGGCGGUCCCACACGCAGGCUCAGGUGAUGGAGGCUGCGAGCUGCCAUCUCGGUGGGAAGGGACCGAUGACCCUGAUGAUUCACUGUCGGGGGAUGUUGACCUCUUAAGCGUUAAAAUGAUUGUGUGCUAUUUGGGGUCAGUGGAGCUACCUUCGUUUGACAUGGACGCAGAGGUGGAAGUGUUGUCCACCAUACAGUCGUGUUUACAGCGCCUUCGUACCAAGCACAGGAUCCAUUCCCUUCUGCUCAUGAAAAUCCUCCAGGACUGCAUUCAGUUGUACAAUGAAGAACACGCUCUGAUCGCCACGUAUCCAGCGGACAAGCUGGCCUUCAGUGUCGUCUGUCCGUAUGACAGAAAUGUAGUUGGCAUUGUGACCGUAGCGCACGUCGACGACACUGCGGGUGAGGGCGGCGGUGGUGCACUGAGGAUGUCUUGUCACGUGUUUUUUAUUGAUCCCACUCUGAGCGCACACAGCUGCCAUGUUCCAGUUGCCCAGCAGUUUCUCUUCGAGUGCACACCUGACCCCGAUACAAACGGCUGCCUCGAGUUUGGAGACUCGAGCCAGACACUGCUACAGUUUGUGUCUGUGCUCUAUCGUGAAAUGGGAGAAGUAAUUGAGAAGAUCAGGGCAGUGGCAUUUGCUGACGUGGGACACAUAGAAGUGGAAGCCAAGAGAAGCGUCUACAGCCUGAACAGUGACAGUGGCAUCGGAGGCUUUGGGAUGGAGGUGAAGGACUUGCCGUUGGAUGGGAAUGGCGGCGCAGAGCCUACCGGAGAAACUCUGUUAUUAGAUGAGAAUGUGUCUCUUUACACAUCAAGCGUCUCAGUGGGCAGUAAUUAUAACCGGACUACAGACGGUGCGAGGUUCACUGCACUGAUCGACAACGAUACUCAAGGGGCAUCUCGACGCAAUGACGUUUACCUUGACAAACGACGCAAUACAGAGGAUUGUUCUUGCAGCAAGGACGCUGGCGUAGCCGCGAGCGGAUCGCCAUCCGUCGCGGAGUACAAUGAUACCCAGGAGUACUGUGCUGGAGAAGGAGCAUUGUGCGUGGCGGAGGGAGUGGGCCGCGACCACGCUGAGUCAGCGAGUUACCCACGCGACCUGCCGCCUCCCAUGAUGCACAUUGAGAUGAACAAGUACAAGAAGGCCGUCGCUCCACAGCAAAGAGCUGAGGGCAACACGUCCGACAGAAGCUCACUCACUCAACAGCUUUCUCAAACCAAUGAGGAUCUCACCCGGCCAUCACUCAGUCAACCAGAGGACUUGGAGUCAUCUGGAAGGCUCACAGAUCCCAUCACAAGGACAGGACACAACGGAAACAGAUCCACACGAUCGGCUGACGCACUGGAUGGCACUGUGGCAUCAGAUGGAGAGUUAGAUCGGGGAGAACUGAACUCCAGCAGCAGUCAGCAGAGUGUGAGCAGCAACGCGAGCCUGCCGUCGGCGCUCGGCGUGCGGCGCCAGCAGCAGCUCUCCUACGAGGGCCGCGUGGCCAGUUGGGCCCUCUCCUUCGAGCGCCUUUUGCACGACCCGCUGGGCCUCCGCUACUUCACGGAGUUCCUGAAGAAGGAGUUCAGUGAGGAGAACAUCCUGUUCUGGCUCGCAUGCGAACAGUUCAAGCAGACUGCCUAUCACGACAAACACACCCUGCGGGAGAAGGCGAGAGAGAUCUUCCACGCGUUCCUUUCACGCCGCGCGCCCAACCCCGUCAACAUCGACAGCCACGGGCAGCUCUGCGAGCGCAUGCUGCAGGAUCCUCACGCCCACAUGUUCCUGGAGCAGCAGCAGCAGAUUUUCAGCCUCAUGAAGUUUGACAGCUACGCACGCUUCCUCAAGUCGGCUCUCUACCAGCACUGCCUUCUGGCGGAGGUCGGGGGACAUCCCCUGCCUUCCCUUGCCUCCCCCGCCGUGAGCCCGGCAGCUUCACAGCUCACUGCCAACCAAGCUUCGGCUGCCAUUCCGGACCAGGCCGGGACCGAUGAGGACUGGUGCCGUGUGGUGUUGCCCGAUGGGCACAGCGCCACUCUGCACGUGAGGCCACGCCUCUCCAUCCGGGAGCUUCUGCGGUCGCUCUGCGAGCAGAGGGGUCUCCCGCUCGCGGCCACAGACGUCUUCCUGCUCGGCGGAGAAAAGCCCUUGGUCAUGGAGCAAGAAAGUUCUUCCCUGGCGAUGCGCGAAAUCCGACUGGAGCCCAGGACGCUGUUCAGGCUGGACCUGGUUCCCAUUAACAGAUCCGUGGGCGUGAAAGCCAAGCCCACGAAAGCCGUCACCGAGGUGCUGAAGCCGAUCGUCACCAAGUACGGCAUGAAGCUGGAGGACCUCGUGGCUACCAUGGAAGGGCAGAGCGUCCCCCUCGACCUCGGGAUCGCCGUGUCCAGCCUGGACGGGCAGCGCGUGGUGCUGGACACGCGGCGGCAGCAGCUACGCACCCAGCAGGGCGGUGACGCUACGGAAUGCGGUCACACGCCGCCCGCAACUGCCCACGUGCUCGCAAGCAGCCCGGUCCAGGUUCGUUCGGGGAAUGAAAAAAAGUCCUAUGCAAGACAUAUUUCAACUGCGAAAGCUAUUUUUGGAAGUGGUGAAAAAUGUGAAAACUCGUCAAAACAAACUUAUAUAUCAAGAAAAAAGAAAACUGGGACAAAGAUGGAUGAUGUUGAAGAACUAUUUGAAAUCCUGGUGAAGGCGCAGAGCAAUCGUGUCAACGAUCAGCGGGGACUGCUUUGCAAAGAGGACCUGAUCCUGCCAGACUUCCUCAAGGCAAAUUCUGCUCAUCACAAGCACAGGCACCACCAGCCUGCAGCCACCAACACAUUCACCUCCGCUGCCAUCCACAAGAGAGAACUCCACAGAAACCCGCUCGAUCACAAGGCCACAGAGCCAGGAGCGCAGAGGACCAACAGGGCCACCCUUGAGGAGUCCAGGGGAAGUUGUAUUCCUGCGAACCACAGGACCCAUGAGUACUCUCGACUCGAGUCUCUUCCCUCACAGCACAAGAGACCCGACCCUGGUUAUUCUGAACGCCCGCGCUUGGGCCCGACGCACCACGAGUCCAAUGGCGCCGAGGGGAGUCGCCAGUCCAGGGCCGCCUGCGUAGCGGUUUGUGCGAGAGAUGUCAGGGCCACGCGUCAUCCCAGCCCCAGCGUCCGGCCCAGUGCGGCGCAGGGUAAGAGGACUCAGUCUGUGCGCACGAGAGACCCGGGAAAGACUCUGCACCCUUGGGAGACGUCGCGCGCCGAGGAUUACCGCGCGGGCACAGGGGAGAUGGCAACAGAGCACCGUGGAGUGGCGGACAGCAGGAUGCGAGAUGAUGAGAAUGGCAACGAAGGAGCCAAGCGGAAUCUGGUGGCCGAAUUGGACUUGGCGAGCCACGCCACGGCCAUGCGACUCUCCAAAGUGGCCAACCACACCGCACUGCUGCCUAACUGCAACCCGCACGGCGGUGGCGUCGCGUCUCGGCCGUCGCGCGUGCCUCCGCAGUCUGCGCCUCCGCACGAUCACAGUGCCACGCGGAGCCACAGGCCACCAGGCCGCACCGACGUUCUUGGCACUGAGAAGAAGCCACUUUACCGGGAAGCGCUGGACGUCGACAGCGUGGACUUUGCGAAACCCCGGGGCCCCCCAUUGUCCAGAAAAACGCAACACGGGGCACAGGCCACUGACGCCACGCGCGGCGCCCAGGCCUCCUGUAGCCUGGAGCAGGUCGCCCACGAGCUGACGGCGCGACAAGGCCGCACCCGCGUGCCCAUCUACCGCCACUCAGGGCCGGCGGCAGCGGGGGCGGGGGACGAAUCGCUUUGCAGAACCCGACAAGAAACGAUGCUGAAGGCAUCUUUUGUUUAGCAUCAGUCUGUUGGAUACCACACGUUGCGCCAUACAUUUCUCAGUUCGUCUGGACCUGAUAUCAAAUUUUGUAUUUUAAAACAGCAUUCUUCAACCCAAGAGGCCCAUGGCAUAAAUGCAGUAAAUGCAAAAAAUAUUAUUCUAAACGGCCUAAUAUCAAAUUAGACAACUAAUAAUUCGACUGACCUAUGUUUAGGACCACUAAUAUAUGAUGUAUUAGUAUUUUAACUAAAUAUAGUGUCAAAUAUACUGUAUUGCUAAGGAAAGUGGUAUUAGAAUUGCUCAAACUUCACGUGACCACCACAGCCAGAGGAGGUCUUCAUCCAGCAGUCGACUGACAAGCGUUACAGUAAAUUAUUAUUUAUUAGGAAUGUGACAAUGCAGCUCUCCACAGUUUGAUGACACGUUACAGUUGCAAAUCGAUUCACAAUUGUUUUGGUGUAUUUGUGGUAUAUGUCGAACAUUGUGGUGGGACUACAAAAACUACUGGAAUAUAGUUUAUAUAAACAUGCCAAUUCAAAACGAUCGAUUCGCAUCUGCACAAAACAACACGUGCAUCUUGAGUGUAGUUAGGAUGCAUUUCAACGAACCAUAGUCUGAGUAUUCAUGCUUCUGUAAGUAUUGCAAAAUGCUGCUGGCAAGGUGGAUAAUAAAGGAUGUAUCACUCGUU